AACAGCUCUCACUCUCUCUCUCUCUCUCUCUCUCUCUCUAUUCAAAACACAACUACCCCACGAGUCAUUCGCUCCCUUCUGUUAAUUUCAUUUUUGUUUUAUUUUUUAUUUUUAUGAUAUAUUCCAAGUUUCUGAAAUAUUCAAAAUAAACAAGUAGGUUGAUUUGUGCAUUGAGUAUAGGACCUUUUUUGUUGUUGUUAAUAUUCAAAACAAACAAGAAAGAAAAGGAUUGCCUCUUGAUUGAAUGAUUGAUUGUCUUGUUCUACCUGAAGAUUGUUUAAUUUUAGUAGAAUUAGUGGGCGGCAACAGUGACGGUGAUGGAAAGUGCGUGUAAUGUAUUGCAUGGGUUGAAGCCGACCAUUUUAAUGGUGGUGGUCCAGUUUGCAUUUGCUGGGGUCAAUGUGUUCUACAAGCUUGCCGUAAAUGAUGGAAUGAACCUGAGGGUUAUUGUAGCUUAUCGCUUCCUUUUCGCAUCAGCUUUUAUUGCUCCUCUCGCCUAUGUUCUUGAAAGGAAAAGCAGACCAAAGUUGACACGGGCAGUACUCUUCCAAUCAUUUCUUUGUGGCCUAUUUGGGGGAUCAUUAGCUCAAAAUUUAUAUAUUGAGAGCCUAGCCUUGACAUCUGCAACAUUUGCGUCAGCCAUAGCUAAUCUUGUUCCUGCCGUCACCUUAAUUUUGGCAGUCCCAUUUGGGUUGGAGAAGCUAAAUCUGGGAACAAUAGAAGGAAAGGCUAAAGUGAUGGGAACAUUAAUGGGAAUAGGUGGGGCGAUGCUGCUUACUUUCUAUAAAGGCGCAGAAAUUGACAUUUGGUCUACUCAUACGAACCUUUUGCAUCACUCUCAACAUGGUCAGAAUGGACACUUGGCAACUGAUUCUAGUAAUCGCCUUUUGGGCUGUAUUUUCGCUGUAGGAAGUUGUAUGUCGUACGCCCUCUGGUUAAUCAUUCAGGCUAAAAUGAGUGAGAGAUAUCCAUCAUAUUACUCCGGCACAGCUUUGAUGAGUAUAAUGGGAACAAUCCAAGCGUUUGUUUUUGCCCUAUGCAUGGAGAGGGAUUGGAGUCAGUGGAAGUUGGGUUGGAAUAUUAGGCUGCUUACAGUGUCCUAUUCGGGAAUUGUGGCUUCUGGACUCAUGGUAACAUUCAUUGCAUUGUGCGUGCACAUGAGAGGCCCUUUAUUUGUCUCUGUCUUCAACCCUCUAAUGCUUAUUUUAGUUGCCAUUAUGGGGUCUCUAAUACUAGACGAAAAGUUGCACAUUGGAAGCAUUAUAGGAGCCACGUUGAUUGUAUGCGGGUUAUACGUGGUGCUGUGGGGUAAAGGCAGGGAGAUGAAGAAGAUAACUCAACUAGCACCCUCAGAAUGCUCCCCAGAAUCUGACUUGACCCAUAUUGUUAUUACGUCUCCUAUGGAUGGCGACAAUAACAACAACAGUGCAAGCGUUAAAAUCAAUGGCCUUUCAACCCCUAUUGCUUCUGUAGAUGACAGCACAUUUGAAAAAGGACAUGAAGAAAGUCAUGAGCAAAAAGAGGAAAAGAAAAAUAGUACUCUUUGAAGCUCUAAAUACAAUGCAGAAAGCAAAUCUUUUGUUCCAAUUGCCCAAUCUUCACGGUGAUUUUGAUAGAUUUGGAAGUGGAACACACAGAUUAAUCUUGACUGUGUGUGAUUUUGAUAGGAUUAGAGGUGUAAGACAUGAAUUGAAGCCCACAUAAUUCUUAGAGUAACUUCAUUGUGAAGUUCUUGUAGUUUUAUUCAUCCAUUUUGAAAUUAGUAAAUUAGAAUUUUCCAGGUCAUCCACAUCUAAUUUUGACCAUCACAAUUUUUGU